ACGGAUGACAAACGUUAGCCGGAGAGAAAAGAUGACCGGGGAAAGUGAUUUGUCGAUAAAAGAGGCGUUUCAACGCGCUCAGAAAGGACACAACAACAAGGCUAAACUAGUGGCCAGUCUCAAGAACACAUACAACAAGUCAGAGGACAAGACAUUGUUCCACGAGGAGUUUAUCCAGUACCUGAAACAUGCCAUGAUCGUGUACAAGAGAGAACCAGCUGUGGAAAACGUGAUAGAGUUCGUCUCCAAAUUCUCCACCAGCUUCCAUACGCCUUCCGCCGAGGGAGGAGAGGAAGAGGAGGAGGAUGAAGAAGAGGACGAGAACCCCUUCCUCAGUUACAUGUUCAACUUCCUGUUGGAGUCCCACAAGGCCAACAGCCACGCGGUGAGGUUCCGUGUGUGUCAGCUGAUCAACAAGUUGCUAGGCGGCAUGGCGGAGAACGCCCAGAUCGAUGAUGACCUGUUUGACGGUAUCCACCAGGCCAUGUUGGUCCGAGUCACGGACAAGUUCCCCAACGUCAGGAUCCAGGCCUCUCUGGCCAUGGCUCGACUACAGGAACCACAGAACCAACAAUGUCCCACUGUUAAUGCCUAUCUGUUGAUCCUGGAGAAUGAUUCCAACCCGGAGGUUCGUCGAGCCGUUCUGUCCUGCAUUGCCCCCUCCUCUCUCACCCUCCCCAAGAUCCUGAAACGCACCAGGGACGUCAAGGAGAGUGUCCGCAAACUGGCUUACCAGGUCCUGUCAGACAAGGUCCACAUCAGAGCUCUGAGUAUCGCCCAGAGAGUCAGUCUGCUGCAGCAGGGUCUCCACGAUGCCGCAGAAUCGGUGAGGGAGGUGGUGCAGGUCCGGCUCCUCCCAGCCUGGCUGAAUCUUCUCCAGGGUGAUGUGUUGGAGCUGUUACACAAACUGGAUGUAGAGAACUGCUCUCAGACCGCCCUGGACACACUGACCGCUCUGUUCACACACACACCUCAGGACCAGCUGCUCCACCACCGCCUUCAGCUGGACGACAGGAUGCUGGUCCCGGCUGGGUCUCUGUCCUGUGAGAGCGUGUUGUACUGGAGAGCUCUGUGUGAGUUUGUUAAGACGAAAGGGGAUGAAGGAGAGGAGAUGUUGGAGAAGCUGCUGCCCGAGGCUGCUACCUUCGCUGAGUACCUCUACGGGUAUGUGAAGUGUGUCCCGGUGCUGUCUGAAGAGCAGAAAGGAGACUUUGCUCAGCUGGAACUGGUGAUGACUAAAGAGUUCAUCUCUCAACAACUCAUCCACCUCACCGGCUGUCUGGAUACCAAUGAAGAGGGAGGAAGGAAGCGUGUGGUGGCUGUGUUACAGGAGAUGCUGGUCCUACCUCAGACUCCUCCCUCUCUGGUCUCUCUGCUGACGGAGAAACUACUGACCCUGAUACCUGACGACCACAGACGCAUUCAGACCGUGGCGGAGGUGAUCUCGGAGGUGCGUGAGCCCAUCGUCGUCAGACAGCCACUGGAGGAGAACGAGAUCCGCAGGAAACAAGUUAAGCUAGCGGAGGUGAAAGUUGGUAUCCUAGAAGCUAAACAGGCCUUAGAGGAGUGUAUCAGUAACCAGGAGUUCAACAGAGCAGCGGAGCUGAAGGACUCUAUAACUGACCUGGAGAACCUGAGGAACAACAUCCUGCAGGAGGAGAACACACAGCAGGACGACAAGGAGGCAGAGACACGCAUGGAGAAGACGGACCCAGAGACUCUCCUGCGCUGUCUGACCAUGUGUGUUGAGCUGCUGAAACAGAUGAACAUCAAGACGAGGAUCGGUCCCACCAUGUCAGCGCUCCUCUCCUCUCUGAUCCUGCCCAGUAUAUCCAACGCCCAGCCAGCGGUGAGGAACAUGGCAGUCGUGUGUUUGGGGACGUGUGCUCUGCACAGCAAAGACCUGGUCAACACACAUCUGGUGCUGCUGCUGCAGAUCGCCCAGCUAGAUGAGGCUAAGAUCCGUAUCAGCGCUCUCAGGGCAGUCAUCGACCUGCUGCUGCUCUACGGCUUCACACUGCUGUCUGAACGCCCCAGCGCCGCCCCCCAGACCUCCCAUUCGCCAGCCAAACAGGAAGACCAGGGGGAGGGGGAGGAGCCGGAGGAGGGGAGCAGCACCACUCAGUCCAUCCUGAUGAUGCUGUCCGACUUCCUGGACAGUGAGGUGUCCGAGCUGCGUACCGAGACAGCGGAGGGUCUGGCCAAACUGAUGUAUUCCGGCCGGAUCUCCAGUGCCAAGCUCCUCUCUCGAUUGGUGUUGCUAUGGUACAAUCCCGUCACCGAGGACGACACCAGACUACGCCACUGCCUCGGAGUGUUCUUCCAGCUGUACGCCCGGGAGAGCAGGGCCCACCAGGAGGUUGUGGAGGAGUGCUUUCUGCCCACCCUCCAGACCCUGCUGAAUGCUCCGGCUUCGUCUCCGUUGGCCGAGGUGGACGUCACCAACGUAGCAGAGCUGCUGGUGGAGCUGACACGGCCCAGCUCUCUCAUAAAGCCCGGAGACACACAGGAGGUGUGUGCCCAUGACCACCUGGCAGUGCGUGUGUGUGGCGAGAUGCUGAAGGACCCGUCAGCUCCCGAAGUCCGUCUCUACGCCAAAGUACUGAACAGUCUGGAGCUCAGUGCUGACGGCAACACAACGAGAGACCUGGUGACCCUGCUACAACAAGUUACACAGGAGGUAAAGGAUCGUAUCGCUCUGCGUGCUCUGGAGAAGCUGAUUGGACAGCUGCAGGACUCCAACAACCAACCAGAUCUCAGCACUACGACACUACAGCCUGUCGAUGUCAAUACUGAGGAGGCUGCCAACCAGGACCUGGACCAGUCUGCCAAGAGGCCCAGGAGAGGUCAGAGGAAACCCUCCACAGUCAAAGGAGCCAAGAAGUCCAGCAGAUCGGCAGAGUCCUCCGAGGAGAGUGAUGGGGAGAAUGUUCCAGACUCGGUGCCGGUACCCCGUCCAUCCCGCCGGGCCAAGACGGCAGCUUUGGACAAAACCAGACUGGACCUCAGUGCCCUCCUCCACCAGGAGGCCAACACCUCGUAGAGUCCCAGGUCAGAUAGGGUAGAGAGGUCAGGAUGCGUGUUUGCUGCCGAGUGGAAUCAGUAUCAGAGUAGUGGACAUGUCGAGCAACAGGUUUAGAGACAGAAGGAAGUCCUAUCAUCAACCUGAAUGAAAAAUGUGUAUUUUUAUUGGUUUAAAUAAAACGAUUAAACUUC